AUGGAUCACAUUCGCAAGACUUUUCAGCGCUGCAAGGCCGAGAACAGGGUGAGUCGAUCAGCCCUCGUGACAUAUGUCACCGCCGGCUUUCCUACGGCUGAGGAGACGCCUGAUAUUCUCCUCGCUAUGGAGAAGGGUGGAGCUGAUAUCCUCGAGCUCGGCGCGCCCUUCACAGACCCUAUCGCCGACGGCCCGACCAUUCAGACCUCCAACACAAUUGCUCUGCAAAAUGGCGUCACCAUCGAGUCCACACUGAAGAUGGUCAAGGAUGCGAGGAGUAAGGGCCUCAAGGCGCCAGUUCUGCUGAUGGGAUACUACAACCCUCUCUUGAGUUACGGCGAGGAGAGGCUCCUCAACGACUGCGCUGACAGCGGCGUCAAUGGCUUCAUCGUUGUCGACCUGCCGCCCGAGGAGGCCGUCUCGUUCCGCAAGCUUUGCAACAAGGGACAACUCUCCUACGUUCCCCUUAUCGCGCCCGCCACAUCUGAUGCCCGCAUGAAGAUUCUCUGCCAGCUCGCCGACUCUUUCAUCUACGUCGUUUCCCGCCAAGGCGUUACCGGUGCCCUCGGCUCCCUGAACGCCAACCUCCCCGAACUCAUCUCCCGCGUGAAGAAGUACAGCGGCGACAAGCCCGCCGCUGUCGGCUUUGGCGUCAGCACCCGCGAACACUUCCAGAGCCUUGCUACCCUCUCCGAUGGUGUCGUCGUCGGCAGCCAGAUCAUCACGACCCUGCAGAAGGCCACCCCUGAGAACCGCCUCAAGGACCUCGAGGAGUACUGUGCCUAUCUCGGCGGCCGCAGGCCCGAGGCCGCGAACGAAACGACGCGCGAAGUCGGCAUCGUUGAGGCCAUUGCCGAUGCCAAGGCCCCCGAGCCCGUUCCUACCGGCCACCAUCACGGCCGAGCAGGACAGCGACCUGAAAGGGCAGCUCGCCGCCAUGCACGGCAAGAUUCCCGAGCGCUUCGGCGAAUUCGGCGGACAAUCAACAACGACCCCAAGUUCUGGGAGGAGUACAGGUCCUACUACGACUACAUGGGCCGACCUGGCCACCUGCACCUCGCAGAGCGCCUGACAGAGCACGCUGGAGGUGCCAACAUUUGGUUGAAGCGUGAGGAUCUCAACCACACGGGCUCCCACAAGAUCAACAAUGCGCUGGGCGCCGGCCAGCACGGUGUCGCGACGGCGACUGUCUGCGCCAAGUUCGGCAUGGAGUGCACCGUCUACAUGGGCGCCGAGGACGUGCGCCGCCAGGCUCUCAACGUGUUCCGCAUGAAGCUCCUCGGCGCCAAGGUUUCCGUCAUUGGCGAGGAGACGAAGCGCCAGAUGCAGGAGAAGCGCGGCAAGCUGCCGGACGCCGUCGUCGCCUGCGUCGGCGGCGGCAGCAACGCCGUCGGCAUGUUCUACCCCUUUUCCAACGACCCCAGUGUCCGGCUUGUCGGUGUGGAGGCCGGCGGCGACGGCGUCGAGACGGCGCGCCACAGUGCCACGCUCUCCGGCGGCACGAAGGGUGUGCUGCACGGCGUCAAGACGUACGUCCUGCAGGACAAGCACGGUCAGAUUUCCGAGACGCACUCCGUCUCGGCUGGUCUCGACUACCCGGGUGUCGGCCCCGAACUGAGCUCCUGGAAAGACAGCAACCGCGCCCAGUACGUUGUCGCCACCGAUGCGGAGGCCUUUAUCGGCUUCCGCCUCAUGAGCCAGCUCGAGGGUAUCAUUCCCGCGCUCGAGUCGGCGCACGGCAUCUAUGGUGCGCUCGAGCUCGCCAAGACGAUGAAGAAGGACGAGGACGUCGUCAUCUGCCUCAGUGGACGUGGUGACAAGGACGUGCAGAGCGUGGCCGACGAGCUGCCGACGUUGGGACCUAAGAUUGGCUGGGACUUGCGAUUUUAG